CGAUAAAUAAUGAGUUGUUAUAAUGACGCCUAGUUUCUAUGGUCCUUGCACCAAAGCACGCCGACAGUGGACCGCCUUGUCUAUUUUUCUACAUUUGAACAAUAACGUUUGUCAGAUCGAGUCAGUUGUGGAUCGCAGUUAACAUUUGAAGCAACAAGAUCCCAUGCAACCUAGAACUGAUCUGACUGAGACAACUCUACAGCGACGCAGUUCCGGUUAAACGUCAUGUUGGAUUGGCAUUCAGCAACACGGUGAGCGGACUGACUGCUUUACUACAGAAGCAGACCCUUUGAGGGAGCAAGCUACAGAAAUGUCGUUCAUAAUUGAUUGGCUGUACAGAGGAUUCAGCAAUGUAUUACAAUUAUUAGGAUUAUAUAAAAAGUCUGGGAAACUAGUUUUUCUUGGAUUAGACAAUGCUGGAAAAACAACGUUAUUGCACAUGCUUAAAGAUGAUCGACUUGGUCAACAUGUUCCAACACUUCACCCUACAUCUGAAGAGCUGACUAUUGCGGGCAUGACUUUCACAACAUUUGACCUGGGUGGUCAUGCUCAAGCAAGAAGAGUUUGGAAGAAUUAUUUACCAGCAAUAAAUGGAAUAGUUUAUCUUGUUGAUGUUGCUGAUCAUGAACGCCUACUUGAAGCCAAAGUUGAGCUGGAUGCUCUCCUAACUGAUGAAACCAUCUCCAACGUGCCAGUCCUUAUUUUGGGGAAUAAAAUUGAUCGUCCAGAAGCAAUUAGUGAGGAUGCCCUUAGAGAAAUGUUUGGUCUUUAUGGACAAACUACUGGAAAGGGAAAUGUAUCACUAAAGGAGCUCAACCUAAGGCCAAUGGAAGUCUUUAUGUGCAGUGUGUUGAAGAGGCAAGGAUAUGGUGAAGGUUUUCGGUGGCUUUCUCAGUAUAUUGAUUAGUAUAUUUAAUGUUACUAUACAAUUUGUUCACCCUAAAUCCACGAUCCCUUGAUUUUCUAUAUUGUAAUAAACUAUAGUAACCAGGGGUGUUGUAUAUUUUGUUGUCUGAGCCUUAAAAAACAGUGUGUUUAUGGGAUAAGUAUUUUAGAUACACGUUAAAUUAAUGUGUCUAAACGAGGUGAGCGGGGCACAAAUUAACAUGGGGUUAAUUGUAACACAGCUACUUUACAUAGUUUCACAGGGCUAAGCAGUCUGUGCUUUUGGUCAUUUUCUCUUACCAUCAGAAGACAAUCUCCUGUGAAUUUGUGAAAAGUUUUGAUGUUUUCGUAUUCUUGACAGAGUUUUUUGUAGGCAUGAAAGUAAAUUUCUUCAUGAUGUGUUUUUUCCUGAUGUCAUACGAUGUCACCAAAUUCAGCUUUAUAUUAUUUGAAUCAUUGUCUAGUUACCUAAAACAAAGCAUCAUUCUAAAACAAGUAACUGAUAGGUGGGAUUGAAAACGUUUUUUUUUUUUGCAGCGGGGUUAAGCCUCAAUAAUUCAAUGAUAAUAAAAUGAAAACAAUGUAAUUAAAGUAAUAUGUGUAAAAACAUUAUCAGGUAUGAUGGAUUGAUAAUACGAGGAUGGUUAGAUGAAGAGUCUUGGAUGGAUAGAUCUGUUAUAGACGGAUAUAUAAGCAACAUCCACCUCUAGUAUUUGCCUAUUUUUAUUAAAUUAUUUGUGUUUAAAUAGAAAUUUCUAGCAAAUGUUACAAGAAACCAUCUGUCUCUUACAAUUAACCCCACUUUCGGUGAAAUUGUACGAAAGCGGUAGGUUCUAGAAACAAUCUUUAAGUGUUCAUCUGUAGCCGAGAUGUGUGUGUUGCGUGUGUAAAAGUAUGAUUAACUCACAUAUUUAUUGAAUGAUAGUGCCCCGCUCUCCCCUAACUUUUAAACCAGUUAAUUAUGCUCUGUCUAAAAGCAGGAAUAGCAGAAGUAUAUGCUAUUAGUAGUUGACAGAGCGGGUAAGACAUACUAUUACAAAACACCUUUCUCAGACCAACGUAACAUACCCUGCCAAAUGUAAACAUACAUUUGUUAUUUUAAAGCAAGGUAAAAAUAAGGUAGAUAAUCUUGGUCACGUUAAAAAAUGUGCUGUGAGAUAUUUUGAUGAUGCAAAACCAUAAAAUGAUACAAAAUCAGUGUUUUGUAUGCUAACUCUGUGCCUUAAUGCUGGUGGUCUUCAAUAACACUUUUUAUCUUCAUUUUUCUAAUUCUGUAUUUUCCACCUAUUCAAAGAAAACUUGAAGUGAUGCAGUGUGUGUUGCCAAUGCAUUCAUUUAAAAUGAAUUAUUUAUCCAAUAUUUAAACAUCCAAAUGUUUGCAGUUUAUAUGUAGCGUUUUGAUACUUUUAAAACAGUGUUGAUGUAACAGUUGCACUAUGUGUUUACAUUGGCCUGUUUCACUACAGCACCGGCCUACCUGAUUAAUUUGUGCGAGAAGUACUUAUUGACUGUCAAAAAGUUGCAAAAAUUGUUAUUAUGCAGCUGUGGCAUGAGAGUACGGUUGCUUUUCUUCAUAUGAAAUAUGCCUGUGCAAUAUAAAAAUGUGUUAUAUUACUGGAGCAAUUGCCUGGAAAUAGAUUUAUGUAAAAGGAUUUAGUUUUCAAUUUUGGUUAUCUUGUGAAACUACUACAUGCUACUUGUAACUCAAUAUGUAUGCAAGUAGGCAUUACAAAUAAAUAUUUUAAUUGCCUUCAA